GUCCCAGAAUGCAGCGCAUGGCGCGUCAUUGAAGAGAGACCAUGAUGGCGGCGGUCGGUGCACCAGAAGUGAUUUCACAGCUGGAAAGCGCUGCCAAAGUUUUAAUGGCACCGCCGUCCAUGGUCAGUACAGAGCAGAGGCAGCACGCAGAGCACAUAUUCCUCUCCUUCAGGAAGUCCAAAUCACCCUUCGCUAUCUGCAAGCACAUACUAGAGACCAGUAAGGUGGACUAUGUGCUCUUCCAGGCGGCCACAGCCAUCAUGGAGGCGGUGGUGCGGGAGUGGAUCCUCCUGGAGAAGGCCAGCAUCGAGUCUCUCCGCACAUUCCUCCUUACUUAUGUCUUACAGAGACCCAAUCUUCAGAAGUAUGUCCGUGAGCAGGUCCUGCUGGCCGUGGCGGUCAUUGUGAAGCGGGGCUCGCUGGAUAAGUCCAUCAACUGCAAGGGCAUCUUCCAUGAAGUCAGUCAGCUCAUCAGCAGCGGCAAUCCCACAGUGCAAACAUUGGCCUGCUCCAUCCUGACAGCGCUACUCAGCGAGUUCUCCAGCUCCAGCAAGACCAGCAACAUCGGCCUCAGCAUGGAGUUCCACGGCAACUGCAAGCGCCAGUUCCAGGAGGACGAUCUGAGGCAGAUCUUCAUGCUUACCAUGGAGGUUCUUCAGGAGUUCAGCCGCAGGGAGAACCUCAACGCCCAGAUGUCCUCUGUGUUCCAGCGUUACCUGGCGCUGGCCAAUCAGGUGCUCAGCUGGAACUUCCUGCCACCCAAUCUGGGCAGGCACUACAUCGCCAUGUUUGAGGCCACCCAGAACGUCAUGCUGAAGCCCACAGAGGCCUGGAGGGACGCCCUGCUGGACACGCGGGUCAUGGAUCUUUUCUUCACCGUACACAGGAAGAUCCGGGAAGACUCGGACAUGGCCCAGGAUUCCCUGCAGUGCCUGGCCCAGUUGGCCUCCAUGCAUGGGCCAAUCUUUCCGGACGAGAACGCGCAGGUCACAUACCUGGCUCACCUGGUGGAGGGCCUCCUAAACAUGAUCAACGGUAUUGAGAUCGAGGACUCUGAGGCCGUCGGCAUCUCCAACAUCAUCAGUAACCUGAUCACCACAUUCCCCCGGAGCAUCCUCACAGCGUUGCCUAGCGACCUCUUCUCCUCCUUUAUCAACUGCCUGACUCUCCUCACAUGCUCUUUUGGACGCAGCGCUGCCCUAGAGGAAGUGCUGGAUAAAGAUGACAUGGUGUAUAUGGAGGCGUACGAUAAGCUGCUGGAGUCGUGGCUGACGCUGGUGCAGGACGACGAGCACUUCCCACGCGGCUGCUUCGUCCAGCCCGCCGUGCAGGUCUUCAACUCCUACAUCCAGUGCCACCUGGCCGCGCCCGACGGCACCAGGAACCUGACGGCGAACGGCGUGGCAUCUCAUGAUGAGGAUGAGAUAAAUGAGCUCCAGGAGGAUGACCGGGAACUGUUCUCAGACCAGUUGGCCAGUAUUGGCAUGCUGGGCCGCAUCGCAUCCGACCACUGCAUCCCCCUUCUCACCAGCUUACUGGAGGACCGGGUCACGCGGCUGCACGGCCAGCUCCAGCGACACCAGCAGCACCUAAUGUCCUCACCGGACCCCGGUUCAGUGGAUCGGAAGGUUCUAGACGACCUCUAUGAAGACAUUCAUUGGCUCAUACUAGUUACAGGCUACCUCUUGGCAGAUGACCCUCAGGGCGAGACUCCUCUGAUACCGUCUGAGGUGAUGGAGUACUCCAUCAAGCACUCCACCGAGGUGGACAUCAACACCACCCUACAGCUGCUCGGCUCCCCCGGCGAGAAGGCCUCCUCUAUCCCAGGGUGCAACAGGACUGACUCAGUCAUCAGGUUGUUGUCGGCGGUGUUGCGGACGUCGGAGGUGGAAUCUCGUGCCACGCGGGCCAGUCUCACAGAGCUGCUCAGUCCACAAAUGGGCAAGGACAUCGUCUGGUUUCUACGGCGAUGGGCCAAGACUUACCUGUUGGUGGACGAGAAACUUUAUAGCCAGAUAAGCAUCCCUCUGAGCACAGCGUUUGGGGCGGACACGGAAGGCGCGCAGUGGAUUGUGGGAUACCUGCUGGAGAAGGUGAUCAGUAACCUGUCGGUAUGGAGCUCAGAGCCUGACCUGGCCAACGACACAGUGGAGCUGCUCGUCACCCUGGUGGAAAAGAGGGAGAGGGCCAACAUCGUGGUUCAGUGUGAGAACUGGUGGAACCUGGCCAAGCAGUUCGCUAGUCGGAGUCCGCCGCUCCACCUGCUGUCCAGUUCGGUCCAACGCACGCUCAUGAAGGCGCUGGUGCUGGGCGGCUUCGCCCACAUGGACUCCGACACCAAGCAGCAGUACUGGGCCGAGGUUCUGCACCCACUCCAGCAGCGCUUCCUCAAUCUCAUCAACCAGGAGAACUUCGCCCAGAUCUGCCAGGAGGAGGCGGUCAAGCGCGAGAUCGUGGCCACGCUGGAGGCGCUCUGCGGCAUCGCCGAGGCUACGCAGAUCGACAACGUUGCGUCGCUCUUCAGCUUCCUCAUGGACUUCCUGUCCAGCUGCAUCGGCCUGAUGGAGGUGUAUCGCAACACGCCCGACACGGUCAACCUCAUCAUUGAGGUGUUCGUGGAGGUCGCCCACAAACAGAUCUGCUACCUAGGAGAGACUAAGUCCAUGAAGCUGUAUGAGGCGUGCCUGACGCUGCUGCAGGUCUACUCCAAGAACAAUCUGGGCCGUAAGCGUGUGGAUGUGACGGCCGAGGAGGACCAGUACCAGGACCUGCUCCUCAUCAUGGAGCUACUGACCAACCUGUUGUCCAAAGAGUUCAUCGACUUUAGCGACACCGGUGAGGUUGAGGAUGAAGUGUUCCGGGGCCAGGAGCAGAGCUCGGGAGCGGGGCGGUCGGUGUCGGCGGCCGACGUGGUUCUGUUCGGGGUGAACAUCGUGCUGCCGCUCAUGUCUCAGGACCUGCUGAAGUUUCCGUCUCUGUGUAACCAGUAUUAUAAGCUCAUCACCUUCAUCUGUGAGAUCUUCCCUGAGAAGAUUCCUCAGCUGCCCGAGGAGCUGUUCAAGAGCCUCAUGAUCUCGCUCGAGCUCGGCAUGACCUCAAUGAGCUCGGAGAUCAGCCAACUCUGUCUAGAGGCUCUCUCCCCAUUGGCUGAGCAGUGUGCCAAGACCCAAGAAACUGACACGCCCCUUUUUAUUGCCACCCGACACUUCCUCAAGCUGGUGUUUGACAUGCUGGUGCUGCAGAAGCACAACACUGAGAUGACGGUGGCAGCAGGAGAGGCUCUCUAUACUCUCGUGUGCCUGCACCAGGCGGAGUACUCUGAGCUGGUGGAGACUCUGCUGUCCAGCCAGAGGGACGCGGUCAUCUACCAGCGGCUGGCCGACGCCUUCAACAAGCUGACAGCCAGCAGCACGCCCCCAGCCAUGGACCGCAAACAGAAGGUGGCCUUUCUCAAGAGCCUGGAGGAGUUUGUGGCCAAUGUGGGCGGCCUGCUCUGCGUCAAAUAACCACUGCCCCCUACAGACCCCAGCCCCCCUCUCUCUCUUCGACCAACCCCCAACAUCCAGAGCCACUCGCUCUCCACACACACACACACACACACACACAUUCUGACAUGCAAGCACACACACAUCUACCCAAUUGUGGACUUAUAGGUUAGCCUCCUGGCUAAGACUGGUUUUGCUGGCCAUCCCACACACACACACACACACACACACACACACACACAGACCCCAUCCCCUUGCACUGGUGGAGAAAAGAAUCUGUAAGCUGCACUGUUGGACUGGAUUAGAGCACUGAAGUGACAAGGGGAAGUCUUCGGAGGAGUCCUAGCAAUGUGUGUGUGUGUGAGUGAGUGUGCGAGCGUGUGUGUGCGUGCGCGUGCGUGUGUGUGAGAAU